AUGUUCCCAGCUGGAAACAAAGCAUCAUUUCAAGGCGUCAAUGUUGGCGCUGGAGGCUUCUCCGACGAUUGGCUGCGCGUGGGUAAAAGCUUUCCAAGGGAAAAUGAUGGUAAUAGUGUACAGACUAAGCAAAACAUCGAUGGUCUGUCCGAAAGCUCUUUACAAGUGUACACGCAUCGUCAAGAUAGUCGUUCUAAAGAGAAGAAGCGACACAAGAAGAAAAAUCGAAUACAUGAGAGGUCGAUGACUGUCAAUUCGCGCGAGAGUCGCCAUCUCGCCAAGCACACAAAGGGUAAGAUUGGUAAGCUGCGCAGGUCAUCUGACAGGGAUCACUCUAGCUCUCGACGAUCUUGUAGACAUAGUAAUUCGAUCUUGCGGUCUGUGUCGCGCAAUCAGAAAGAAGAGUGGAAGAUUGUGAAACAGUCUGUAAACGAUGUCCUUGCUUUCGGUGACAUUGUCGAGAAUCCGGCAGACAACCUCUUUGCUUUCGAUCGACUAGGGGACCGUGAAAACAGUUUAUUCGGAUCAUCUUAUAUUCACGAUCAGCCAUUCUACGAAUUGGCUUCAAGACGAAUUCUAGGCAACGGUGGAUGGGUACCUAAAGCACCGCUAAAAUCUGCUAACACUGACACGAGACGCAAAAAGAAUUUAGAUCAAGAUUUAACGCGAUACUUCUCGUCUCAGGCACGCCGAAUGGAAAAGAAUGGUCGACAAAAGCGUUUGUAUCUUGCAUACUCAGCAAAACGAUUAUCUCGCUUAAAAUCUAGAUCAAACGAUAUUCAUUUGGUCCGGGAGACUGGUGUAGUUGGGAGCAGCUUACCUGAAAUGGAAUAUAUUCCACUUGAUCCGUUGCUUGAGACGGAUAGCGACGACAUGGAGGAGGAUGUUUUCUCAGGCACGAAUGAAAUUACUAUUACUGAAGGGCAAAGUGUCGAACAACACCUGAUCGAGCGUGGAAAAUUACUAAAUGCUGCUGUGACAUCACAUCCAGAUGACAUUGACACUUGGCUUGAUUUGAUAGCCUUCCAAGAACAGACAAUAUGCCUUCAGACGCAGACAAAACAGUUAACCUCAGCAAUCAAAGAAAGUGUCGUGAAAAAGCAAGCGGCGAUUCUCACAAAAGCUCUUACUUAUAAUCCUGACUCUCGGGAACUGCACCGUGUCAAAUUAAACAUGUCUUUGCAGAAUCAAAUUGGCUAUGAUUUAGCUGACAUUGACUCAUCCCAGCAGCAGCAGCUCGAAAAUCUCAUCGCAAACGAUUUGACAAACUGCGAUUUGUGGCUUAAGCGGCUUCAAAGUCAACAACAACACUUUGGUAGCUUCUCUGUACAGUCUGUGCGGGAUCUCUAUGCGCGCAUAAUAACAGUUUUACGUGUUGAAAGAGGUAAUGUUGCGGCAACGGGGUCUGAAAUAUCAUCAACGUUUAAUAUAGCGCAAGCCGACGAGUUACCAGUCGCUUUACUUGAUUUCCACUUGCUUUUGUGUCAAUUUGAACGAAGUGCAGGCUACGCUGAACGCUCGAUUGCUCAUCUUCAAGCUCUUCUUGAUUUUAAUUUAAACGAAGUGGCCACGUUCGCCAAAAGUGAAAGCAAACCUACUCAUUUGGUGAUGCUGCAAUUGUUUGCUCAAAGAUGGAACGAAAAAAGUGACCUGACUUUCGGUGACGAUUGGGAUAAAGUUUGUGGACCGGAUAUUAAAGCUCUAAAAAAGGAUUGCCUGACUCCUUCACUUGCUCGAUUUCAGGAACACAUUGAAAAUUCGUGUGUUGUGAACAUUAAUCACGUGAACCCACCCACCGUGUUACAGACACACGAGCAUAAAACAAGUCUGCUCUUAGCUUCUGCCGCAUAUAAACGGCGAUCACGCCCAAACAAUAGAGCCGAUACCGAGGAAAGUACACACGAAGACCAUGAAUAUGACUUUAAUUCUACUGCAAGUGACGACUCAGAGCUAAUACCUGGAGGCGACCGACUCAUAUACAGCAAUUUACAUGGGUACCGCAUAAAAGUCAAUGAUGCUAAUGAUGCGAAAGAGUACGAGCGCAUUCUGAACACAUUACGUGGCACAUCUGAACGUCGGCGUGCUGAACAAAUUCGUUUACGAGAGAAAGAAAAGAGGAGACGUGCACUUCUUGCAGCGACAGUGUCGCAACUUGAAGAUGAGCGCGCCAAUUACGAUAAAAUUGACAAGAAUGAUCGCUUUAUUAACUGGCUUUAUCACGAAAACGUACAAAUACAGUUACAAUGGGCCCCUCUGCACUCGAACAACACUCUUCAUCGAAAUCUAAUCGAGCAACAACCAGACCGUGUCACACUUGUGGACGAAAUACAGCCGUUUUUGUUUUCCCUCCCGACAUCAUAUCAAUGGCGGCUUGUUGCUGAAAUUCUACAGAUAUGUGGUGUCGAAUGGCAAGGCGAAUUUUCGUGGGAAAGUAGUUUCUUGAAGUCUACAUCAAUGUACGCCGGAGGAUCUGGAAAUUACGACUUACUUGUGGGUCCAAUUUUGUCUGUUUUGAAUUUACAAAGUGGCGAAGCUAAGUCCAUAGUUCAUAUGCUGCUUUUAAAGCCAUGCGACAGGUUGGCAUUGCUCGAAAAUGCUCUUUUAAAAGAUGUUACAACGAUACAAAAUGUGCUUUGUAACCCGGACAAGGUAAAUUUUGUUCGACAAAUAUUCGCACAAGGAUUAAGUUUGUUCCAAUCUAUGGAUGAGUAUGACAGAAGUGCACUUAAGUGCUUGUGGAUUGGAUUUGAACUUGAAAUUAUACGCUCGAUUGGUGUUACGGAGGAAAGGAUAGCAAAUGUUCGUCAUUUUUGUCAAAUAUUGGCUAAAAAGACUACAGACGACGUCUUAGAUUUUGAUGUCCUAUACUCCUACGCCAAGCUAGAAUUUACUUUAAGAAACGAGCGUCAAGUUCAACGUAUAUGUGAAAACGCACUGAGGUCACUUGCUGCAGACACCAUGAUGUCGCGCUGCCACCUCCAUUCCUUCAUAUUUCUCUAUGCGCGACUCGAGCUGUGGUCGUCUGCCAAGAAUCGUGACAAACCGCAGCUUCGUGUAUUGCGAAGUCUAUAUAUACUUUGGAAUGCGCAGCAAUUGGUUCAACAGAAUGGCAUUUUCAAGGAAUCCCUUCGUUCGAUCGCUAAAAAGUGUAAGAACCGGGUUAGCGCCUACUUGAAGGAAAAAUUGAUGUCUGAUCCUUCGACAAAAAUUGACUUAUUUGCGAGAUAUAGAGCGGAUCUCGACUUUGCAGUUCGUCAAUGUGCUCAUUCGGCAAGUAGGAUACCUAGCCAUACUGGCAAGAAGCCCUAUCGAUCAAAGUGCUGGGUCCGUUUUUGCUUGCACAACUUGGUCCUUGUAAUAUAUGCUUACGACGGAUUCAAACCAGCAUGCGAUGAGUAUCGUCAAUUCCUGGCCAGUAGCGAGCAUCGAGAUUGUGCACAUAAUGUGUGGGCGUGGACGUGCUUCCUCGACUUCAUGCAGCAACAUCAUGUGGCUAGCUUAUCUCCUACCCUUGCACCACGUAUAUGGCGUUCGUCAAUCUCCGAGGCAGUGAAAAACUUCCCAAACAACGAAUUAUUUCUCCGACUUUUCGCUGAUUCCGAGUCUGGAAAUACAAUCUCUCAAGUCCUUCGCAAUUACUUUUUACGUGUAGAGAUGCGAUGGCGACGUCAUUAUGACUCACCUGAACUAGUAGAAUGGUUGUUUGCGCUGCUUUGUGAAUUUUACCGUAUCGAGAGAACUGCAAUUAUUAUGAACUCGUCAACAAUUAUGGGCUCGAGUUCAGAUAGUUUUGUUCAUUCCACUUGCUGCAUUUUCCACCGUUGGGGCUUGAAUGCGAUUGCAGUGAAUCGAAUACGGCAAUUGUUUGAAAAAAUGGUGAACCAGAUUCGUACUAAAGGUAUCGCCCUUUGCUGGGAGCUCUACAUGCGCUUUGAGGUCGCCAUGGGUAAGGUAGAUGCGGCGACGAAGGUGCUGUAUCGUGGAAUAGCUGCCUGUGCAUGGAGCAAGUCACUUUACAUGACCGGACUUUGCCUCUUGCGUGCUUAUUUGAGCGAUGAUGAAUGCCAGGAACUUUUUGAGUUUAUGGAGGCAAAAGAGCUGAGUGUGCGUGCUGAUUUGAGAUAA